AGCGGUAAUAUCGGCGAAGAAUCCGAUGUCUCGAAAGCGAUAGAUGUCUGUCGGGAACGGUUCGGCCGAUUGGAUAACGUUAUCAAUUGCACCGGAAUAGGCGCCGACACCAUCGCUGUUGAAGAAUCGGAUCCAUUGCAAGAGUUUCGGCGUGUCUUCGACGCCAACAUUAGCGGACCCUUUAAUGUGAUUCGUUUGGCGGCGCCAUUGAUGGCAGAUAAUCGGCCCAUCAAUGGCUGUCGAGGCGUUAUCAUCAAUAUCUCAAUGGUUCCGGGCAUUGAUUCCCAACGAAGUGUCGCCUAUUCCUCCACUUCUGGCGCCAUCGCCAGUAUGACUCUGCCAUUGGCUCGCGAUUUGGCCAAUCAGUGCGUCCGAUGCGUUACCAUUGAGGUCUGCCAGGCGUCGGAUAAUCACCCAUUGGAUCAAAGUUUAGCUUUGGAUCAAAGUAUCGGACAUUUGGUGCAAAGAGUGAUCGAGAAUCCAAUGAUGAACGGGGAGGUGAUUAAAGUGGACGGCGGCUUAAGACACGCCAUUCCUCCUAAGCUAUAAUCACUUAAAACAUCACUUAUUUUAUUCAAUAAAAGUUUUUUCAUUUGUUUCUAAAAUAAAA